UAUAAUAUCCUUGAAAUGACCUUCAAAUGCCAGCCUAAAAGACUUGAAGGUCCAGGUCCGUAUAUUGCAAAGUUGAAGGACAAAAAGUAUAAAUUUAACGAAGCUUACUCAUUCCUUUUACUAUCCUCACAAACAAUAUUCGACAGGAAAAAAAAGGUUGAGUUGAAGAAAAUGGCGUCAAAAAGGAUUGCCGUUAUUACCGGUGGAAACAAAGGCGUUGGUCUAGAAAUAUGCAGACAAAUGGCUAAUGAAGUUGUGGUGGUGUUAACUGCAAGAGACGAGCAGAGGGGUGUCGACGCCGUCGCCAAAUUGCACUCCUCUGGUUUACAGGAUGUCGUUUUUCAUCAGCUCGAUGUAACAGAUCCAUCCAGUAUUGCUUCGUUAGCGAAUUUCAUUGAUGCUCGGUUCGGAAAACUCGAUAUAUUGGUGAACAAUGCUGGAAUCUCUAGCACUAUCGUCGACGAGGAGUCUUUUUGGAGUAUAGAUCUUCCAAGUGAGGUGCUUGUUGGAAAGACUAAGCAGUCGAAGAAAGCUGUAACACAAACAUUUGAAGGAGCUCAAAAUUGCUUGGAAACCAAUUAUUAUGGAGCUAAACAUGUCACACAAGCCUUGCUAGCACUUCUUCUUAAAUCUACAUCUCCUAAAAUAGUCAACGUCUCAUCCAAAUUGGGGCAACUACAAAACGUACAAGACGAAAAUGCAAGGAAGAUUCUGAGUGAUGUGGAUGGAUUGACGGAGGAGGUGGUGGAUGAAGUUGUGAGUGAGUAUUUAAAGGAUGUUAAAGACGAGGAAUCGAUGGUGAAGAAAGGGUGGUCAAGUAAUGUUUCUGGGUAUAUCGUGUCAAAAGCGGCUCUGAAUGCGUACACGAGGAUCUUGGCGAAGGAAUUUCCAUCGAUUUCUGCAAAUGCGGUGAGUCCUGGUUUUGUUGCGACGGACAUGACUUAUUUUAAGGGAACUUCCACCGUUGAAGAAGGUGCUAGAGGGCCGGUGAGGCUAGCUUUGAUCUCCGAUGCCGGUCCAACCGGUCAAUAUUUUUGGACGACAGAAAAGUCAACAUUUUGAUACAAAAAGAAUCAUUGAAUUUUCGGGAAGAGAAGUCUGACUUGGAUCCGUGUUGGUGCUGGUUUAAUAACUUGAUAUAUUAUCAAAAUAAAACUGAGGAAAUAAAAUAAGUUGAUUGUAUUUUAUUUUAUUACCGUGGGAAGUGGUAUUGUAAUAAAUUGUACUGUGUUAUCAUAAUAAUAAAAAGUAAAUGGUUUUGAGGGUAAAA